CGAGGGAGCGUGGAGAAGGUGGUGCGGCGGCGGUGGCGGCAGCAAUGGAGUCGGGGUGGAGGAUGAUGUACGAGGGAACGGUGGUGGUGGGCUCGCUGUCCCUGUUGGCAUGGGGCGGGCUUUGGUUCUUGAACCGACGCCUGUACAAGGAGUACGAGGAGAAGCGCGCCCUCGUCCAGAUCCUCUUCAGCCUCGUCUUCGCCUUCUCCUGCAACCUCUUUCAGCUCGUCCUCUUCGAGAUCCUCCCCGUACUUUCCAAGAAGGCUAGAUGGAUAAACUGGAAGAUUGAUCUAUUUUGUUUGAUCAUGUUGCUGGUUUUUGUAUUGCCGUAUUAUCAUUGCUAUUUGAUUCUCAGGAACAGUGCGGUGAGGAAAGAACGAGCUGCAUUUGGAGCUACCUUAUUCUUGCUUGCAUUUCUUUAUGUUUUUUGGCGCUUGGGAAUUCACUUUCCUAUGCCUUCUCCAGAAAAAGGUUUCUUCACUACACCUCAGUUAGUUAGCAGAAUUGGUGUCAUAGGUGUCACUGUCAUGGCCGUACUAUCUGGCUUUGGAGCUGUUAAUCUUCCAUACAGUUAUUUAUCCCUAUUCAUCAGGGAGAUUGAAGAAUCAGAUAUUAAAGCUUUGGAGAGACAAUUGAUGCAAUCAAUAGAGACCUGCAUUUCAAAGAAGAAGAAAAUCAUUUUAUCCCAAAUGGAGAUGGAGCGGAUUCAGGGAUCUGAAGAGAAGCUAAAAGCUAGUUCUUUCCUAAAGCGCAUAGUUGGAACAGUCAUUCGGUCAGUACAAGAAGAUCAAAGGGAGCAAGAUAUCAAAACCUGGGAAGCAGAGGUACAAGCUUUGGAAGAGCUUUCAAAGCAGUUGUUCCUUGAUAUAUAUGAACUUAGGAAGGCUAAGGUAGCAGCUGCUUAUUCACGGACUUGGAAAGGGCACCUGCAGAAUUUGUUGGGCUAUGCUUUGUCUGUUUAUUGUGUUUACAAGAUGAUAAAGUCUCUACAAAGUGUGGUUUUUAAGGAGGCAGGUUCUGUGGAUCCAGUGACAAUGGUGAUCAGUAUAUUCUUGCAAUUGUUUGACAUAGGAAUCAAUGCUGCUCUUCUGUCGCAGUAUAUAUCUUUGCUAUUCAUUGGGAUGUUGAUUGUCAUUUCUGUCCGAGGCUUCUUAACAAAUCUCAUGAAGUUCUUCUUUGCAGUUUCUAGAGUUGGAAGUGGAUCAUCUACAAAUGUUGUCCUUUUCCUGUCUGAGAUUAUGGGCAUGUAUUUCGUGUCAUCGAUCCUUCUUAUUAGAAAAAGUCUAGCAACUGAAUACAGGUUAAUUAUUACUGAUGUUUUGGGAGGUGACAUACAGUUUGAUUUUUACCAUCGCUGGUUCGACGCAAUAUUUGUUGCCAGUGCCUUCCUGUCCUUACUAUUGCUUUCUGCACAAUAUACUUCACGGAAGGCCGACAAGCACUCUAUUGAUUGAUUUCUUGAUUGACAUCUUGAUGUAAAUAUGUAAAAUAAAAAAAAAUAUUUUUUUUAAUAUUUCUAUUUGUACAAGCCAUUAGUCGCCCCCCAUUAUGAAUGAUCUGAUCUUCGAGUUAUCAUGUUUGGAAAAUUGUUUGGAGAUCUGACAACAGAUGAGCUAAUGCCUCUCCCACAUGCAACCUAAGUUUUUUUUUUCUUAAAAUUGUAUUUGAAUACACCAUACACUUAGUGGUUCUUUCAUAAUGUGACAUCUCUGGCUUUGUCUCUG